GCCGCCCGUCACCGGAACCCUCCUGUAGGCGGGUGAACCGUCCUUUCCCCUUCACGCCCUCCCGACGCCGCCAUCAUGAACGGCAAAGGUCAAUAUCCUACACAGCCUUCUUACCCAGUCCAGCCUCCUGGUAAUCCUUCUGUGUUCCCGCAGACUAUACCACUUCCCCAGGCUCCGCCUUACACCGAGGCUCCUCCUGCGUACUCGGAACUUUACCGCCCAAGCUUUGUGCAUCCAGGAGCUGCCACGGUACCAACCAUGUCUGCUGCAUAUCCUGGUGCUUCGCUGUACCUUCCUAUGGCUCAGUCCGUUGCCAUGGGUCCAAUGGGUUCUUCAGUUCCAGUGGCUUUUUACCCUGUGGGCCCCGUCUAUCCUCAUGGAUCUACUGUUCUUGUCGACGGGGGAUUUGAUGCCGGAGCAAGGUUUGCAACGGGUGCCCCUGCUAAUAUCCCUCCCCCUCCUCCCGGCUGUCCUCCCAACGCGGCCCAGCUGGCUGUCAUGCAGGGCGCCAACGUGUUAGUGACGCAACGGAAGGGCAACUUCUUCAUGGGGGGCUCCGACGGCGGCUACACCAUCUGGUGAAGGAAGGGGGGGCGCUACAUUGGUGUAAAGGAACGACAUCACAUACUGUCAGCACUUCUCACAAUGUAACCGCUUUAGUCGUAUUAACCUGGAGUUGCAG